GGCGAGGUGAGCACCUCAGCGUGUGUUAAUCUUCCCAAAUUCGAUCCCCCGUGCAUCCGCCCAUCCAUCAAUUCACAAAUCUUGGUCCCCAGCUAGCAGCAGCAGCAGGAGGCAGCAAACAAGGAAGGAAGCAGGUAGCGAUGGCGUUCGUGCCGGUGUGCGUGCAGUGCGGGACGCGGAGCAACCCGUGCCGGUGCAAGGUGCUCGGGCCGACGCUGGGGUUCGUGGCCUUCGUGGUGGCCGGCGUCAUCGAGUGGCCGCUGGGCGCCGCCGUGUACCUGUUCCGGCACCGCAAGGGCCGCCGCAUCAUGGCGCACCCGGCCACCGUCGUCUACCCGCGCAUCACCAGCGCCAUCCCCAUCUAAGUAAUCCGCCUCCCGAUCGGUGCGGUGCCGUCUCCUCGCUCUCUUACUCCGUAAACUCCUAAACCGGAGGGGGUGAGGGUUGUGUCGCCUGCGUACUGAGAUGUCGGUCAGUCCCGAUGUGUGAAUCCUUUUACAUCUUUCUUUUCCUUUUCUCAAAUAAGAGCGUCAAGCGUGUGGUUUCGGUUUGUAUAUUUGCACUCCGCUUGUAAUCAUCACUGUGAAUGUACGGAACAUCAUCAAUGUAACUUCCUGAAGCAAGCUGUCUGCUGUCUAACUUUUUGACCA